GCUCUCUGACGUCAUCCGCCUCUUUUUUCGUUCCUUUCUGUUUACACUUGUCAUUAACAAAACUUCAAGGUUGAUCUGACUUAACAAACCAAGGACCUCGCCAUUUCUUGAUCCCAACGUGUUCAAAUUUUCUUCAAACAUGGUUAAGAAAAUGAGCUGGCAAGUUUUCUGGUGGGUUAUCAGUACAAUAUGUAUACCAGUAUCAUUGCCUCUUGUAACAAUGCAUCUGUAUAGGCGUUAUCGCUUAUAUCAAUUAAGAGGUCAACUUAAAGGCAAGGUUGUCUUAAUAACUGGUGCCAGCUCUGGCAUUGGGGAAGCACUCGCCCAUCAGUUUUAUCUUGCCGGUUGCAGAGUAAUCCUCACAGCUCGCCGCCAGAAAGAGUUAGAAAGGGUCCGUGAGGACCUUCUCCGAACUCACACACAGGUUGUGCCUGUUCACCAGCCAGUUGUCAUCACGAUGGACUUGGCUGAUGUAAAGUCAAUACCAAUUGGAGUUGAAAAGGCUAAAUCAAUUUUUGGAUGCAUUGACAUAUUAAUUAACAAUGGGGGAAUGAGUCAAAGAGGAAGUGUCCAAUCAACAAAGCUGGAAGUUGACAUGCAGAUAAUGCAGGUCAACUAUUUUGGUCAGGUUGCUCUAACCAAAGAAAUUCUACCCCUUAUGAUUAACCGAAAAGGUGGCCACAUUGUAGCUGUCAGUAGCAUUCAAGGAAGAGUAGCAAUCCCUUUCAGGUCAGCAUACUCUGCUUCCAAACAUGCUCUGCAAGCAUUUUGCGAUAGCAUGCGCCCAGAAAUUGCUCGACACAAUGUGCAUGUGACUGUUGUUAGCCCAGGAUAUGUGCAGACUUCUCUAUCUAUCAACGCGGUCACUGGAAGUGGUCAAAAAUAUGGAGUGAUGGAUGAGACAACAGCUGGAGGCUAUCCACCAGAAUAUGUUGCUGAACAAAUCCUAAAUGGGGUGAUACUAAAAGAAAAGGAAAUAAUUCUUGCAACUAGUGGGCCUCGCUAUGCUAUUCUGUUGCGCUCAUUAAGUCCGAGUCUUUACUUUUGGAUCAUGCAGAAGAGGGCUAAUAAAAUGUUGGCUGAUGCUACAAUGAAAACAAAUGCUUCUGAUUCAGCAGUGAGUAACAAAGCUUCAUCAGACGUUGCAGAAAAGAACAAGAGAGCAUAAUAAAUUCUGAACACUAGAUCAAUUUUUUUUAUAUUUUUUAAAUAUUUGACAGUGGAAAUUUCCACUACACUGUAGGAUAGCAAUGAUUUUGUGAUAAAGUUAUCAGUAUUUGGAGUCCAGUGAGUUGCAUGAUUUAAAAAAAAAAGUGAGAUAAGUAAUUUGCUGACAAAAAUAUUGUGAUCUGUACUGUAAAAGCUCACUCUCAAAGGUAAAAUUCUGUGUUAUAUUGGACUUGUGUGACUUGUUGCCUCAUCAUCCAAGAUUAAACCCUUAUAAAAUCAAAA